AGGCGGAAACAAAAGAGCCCGGCGCCGCCGCCCGCACACUCGCGCACCGCGCCCGGGCGCACACGGAGCAGCCCCGCGAGGCGGCAGCCCGGGACACGCGGACCCGCCGCAGCCCCCGCCGCCUGCCCCAUGGCGCUGAAGCGGAUCCAGAAAGAAUUAAGUGAUUUACAGCGUGAUCCACCUGCUCACUGCUCAGCGGGACCUGUGGGAGAUGACCUGUUCCACUGGCAAGCAACCAUCAUGGGGCCCCCUGACAGUGCGUACCAAGGUGGAGUCUUCUUCCUCACUGUGCACUUUCCGACAGACUAUCCCUUUAAACCGCCAAAGAUUGCUUUCACAACAAAAAUCUACCACCCAAAUAUAAACAGUAAUGGGAGUAUUUGUCUUGACAUCCUGCGGUCCCAGUGGUCGCCAGCUUUGACUGUAUCGAAAGUGCUGUUGUCCAUAUGCUCACUGCUCUGCGAUCCUAAUCCAGAUGACCCCUUAGUACCCGAUAUUGCACAGAUCUAUAAAUCAGACAAAGAAAAAUACAACAGGCACGCAAGAGAAUGGACUCAGAAAUAUGCAAUGUAAUGUUUGAAAACACUUUCACUUAUACCAGAGUACUGUAAAAUCUAUGUCUUUUUCAACAUUAGCAGUGAAUCCGGCGCUGUUCGCUGUCUCCUUUGUUCCAUGAAUCCUUUGGUUUUUUUACUCAUUUUAAAUGUGUUUCUGAAGCAAGACAGAACAAACUUCCAAAAAUACCCUUCAAACGAUGCUGAGAGCAUUUAGCAUUUUGUGCUCGUCAAGGAGGACAUUUAUUUUGGUUCCUGAGACACUUGGACACCUGCAUCUUCAAAGCAAGAUCCGAGAGACACGCCUGAGAAGCAACCAGAUGAUUUUUUUUUUUUUUUUUUUUUUUUUUGCUGAAAGGAGAUGUUUUUACACAACGAGAAACACUGUAUGUAUUGUCCAAGAUGUCGUCACUUUUAUAAAUCUGAAUUCAGAUUCCAUUCUUUGUUAGCUCACUUUAUAAUUUGUAUUUUUUUACUGUAUAGACUAAAUAUAUUCUAUGUCAACUCAUGACCUUUUCUUCCCCCCUGUGAACAGUAUUGAAGCCCCCAACAGGUGAUGAUGAAUAACUGUGCCCCCUCUUCCCCCCGUCUUAGGAUAUUCUGUGAGUUGAAUGCAUAUUUCUUAAACCGGAACUGAUCUCCGCACGGUCUUUCUCAGUGUACCGAUUAGAAUGGAGAGACCCUUGUUUGGUUUUCUUGUACUUGACUUAACUUGAUUGCAAUGUGAAUUAAUUGCACUGCUAAGUAGGAAGGUGUGCCACUUUUUUCGUUGUUGUCGUUCUUCACAUUUGAAUUUUUUUUUUUUUUUCUGUAUAGGCAAUAUUCUAUUGACACCUUUUCCAGACCUUACUGUAGCUUUUUCCAUAUAAAUAAAAUGCUUUUUCUACUGUUUGUCUUGAUCACUUACUGCAAAAAACAAAACUGCUUGAUCUAUCCCUCAGGAUCAAAACUCUGUAAUUUUGCAUGACAACUAUUUCCAAUGUGGAAAAUAUCAUCUUUUUUUUUUUUUUUUUUUU